CCACCUGAUCGCAGCCAUAUAAAUACCAACAGCUGAUCAACAGACUUCAGAAAGCCCAAGACCUUCACAGAGUGCAGGACAGAGAAAGAGAGAAAGGGGAGAAAGCCGGAGCUAAUGCUGAGACAAAGCGUUUUCAUCUAUGUGGCUUUUUUGUGAUUAUUUAUACAAUGAGUGGCAAAUAUUAACGUGGGGGCUGUGAUAUACUCUCUGAAGUUCAAAACCAGCCAAAUCCUGGAAGCAGUUACCAGCCUAUUUUCUACGGUCAAGCUGUAAGAAGACUGGGGACAGCUGCACGAGGAAGGAAGAAAGAGAGAAGAGCGAAAGAACGGAUCUCUUGCUGCGGGUGUGCUGUCCAGUGCUGAAGCCUGCCUGCCUGCCUGCCUAUACAGGCGCGCAGCACUGAAAGGGAACUAUCCAGUGCUGAAGUUGCAUUUCUGACCAGCGGAACAAGGCGCUGCCGCACGAAAAUCAGCAGCUCAACAAGGAGUAGCAGCGUGAGGAUUCGGAAGGGGUCUCACUCAGGCUUUUCCCCCUGUGCUGGCAUCUGAUCACACACACAUCGACGAACCGAAGAAGCGAUUCCGCCCGUCUAUACAGCCCCUUUUCAUCAGCCCUGCAUGAGGAGUGAUAGACUUAACCACCGGACGAGUGUUAUUUUGUUCAAAGUGGAAAAAUGCCAAGAUCUUUUCUGGUCAAAAAGGUUAAGCUCGAUGAUUUCUCAUCUGCUGAUCUGGAGAACCAUUAUGGUAGAGUGAGGUCCGACCUCAGCCUCCGCUUUCAUGAAAAAGGGUACAUCAGUGACUACAUGACCCCGUCUGUCUAUGACGGUGAAAGUGACAAUGGCAUUAAAGUCCCCUCUCCCAGCCCCAUCUACGAUGGCAUCCACAGCGACGGCAUCCACAGUGACUACGGAGCACCAGACUCGGACCAGCCUGACAGUCCCCAGUCCGAGAUCUCCUCCGGAUACAUCAACGGGGACACCGCCGUAAGCGAGGGCUACACCGUAGACGCCUUCUUCAUCACUGACGGAAGGUCGAGGAGAAAAGCCAUCAGCAGCCCCAGGACCAUACAGCGUCACACGUGCAACGAGUGCGGAAAAACGUAUGCCACGUCCUCCAACUUGAGCCGGCAUAAGCAGACCCACCGUAGCCUAGAGAGCAAGAUGGCCAAGAAGUGCCCCACCUGUGGGAAGGUGUACGUGUCCAUGCCUGCCAUGGCCAUGCAUCUGCUCACCCACGACCUCAAGCACAAGUGUGACAUAUGUAGCAAGGCCUUCAGUAGACCUUGGCUGCUGCAGGGACACAUGCGGUCACACACUGGCGAGAAGCCCUUUGGAUGCGCACACUGCGGAAAGGCGUUCGCCGACCGCUCCAACCUCCGCGCUCACAUGCAGACGCACUCUGCUUUCAAGCACUACAAGUGCAAGAGAUGCGACAAGACCUUUGCUUUAAAGUCCUACCUGAACAAGCACUAUGAGUCCGCCUGCUUUAAGGGAGAGUUCUCACCUAUGAGCUCCAUUGACGACUGACUUGUAUAGUAUCCAUGAACACAUGAUGAAACUUCUUCCAACGGCAUCCCUAUACUAUUCCCUAGACAACCUGUUCCAUGGUGACAGCACAGGUUUUAUCCACUACUGCAGCAAACAGCAUCACUAAGGAAAUGUUGGAUUACGCAUGUAGCUUGCCCAAACCUUUUUCCAUGGGCUAUCCACCCUUGAUCGUUAUAACAACAACAACUUAUUCAACUAUUAUGAGUCAAAAUUUAAUGUGUUUGCCAAACUCGCAGAACAUUGAAAAUGUCUUCAUUUAAAAGGUCAAACCUUUUUUAAGUAUUGGCCAAUAUUGUAUUGCUGCCAAUGGCCACAAAAGUGUUCAGUAGUGAGGUAAACUAUUUAUGAAUUCACUUAUUUCUCUAUUUACCUAUUACUUUAUUUAUUUCUCUAUUAAUCUAUUACUUUAUUUAUUUUUUACUUACAUUUUGUGUAGAAUCUUCAUUUGCACUUUAAUUUAGUAUUGUUUUGCAAGCCUUCGUCAUGAAUAUGCCAAAGCAUUUGCCACUUUCUAAAUAUCCUCUUAUUUUUGUUUGCCACUUUAUAAACAUAUUGCAUGCAAAAAACGAUGAUAAUGAAAUCUAUGCCAAUUUUAUGAAGUUUAGGAUUUUCGCCAAAAUCUAGAUGUAAUCUGUCGGUAAUAUUUCCCGGGAGUCUCACCAUAAAGAACUAUAGAGCAAUAAUGCAUGGUAUUUGUAAAACAUAAAUGAGUAAUAACUAUGACAUUUUCAACACACAUCAUCCUUUUAUCCAGUCCUCUAGUAGUCAUACAAACAUGGAAUAGGCCUAUCAGGGAAACGCCAGUGAGUGUAGUAUUGAAUGGAUAAGCCCAUGGGGUGGGAUAGGGAGAGGUCCUUUUGUAAACGGUUAUGCACUGCCUGCCUCCUAUUUAUCUUAGUCUUAGAACGUAGACUUCUGGUGCUGAUCUAAAAAUAGUUCCAAGCAAUCCAGAACAUCUCACCACCAAGUCUGUGGAACGAACGCCAGAGGCCCAAACAAUGGCGACACUACCCCAUAUCACAUCUCUCACAGGUGGACAAGUAAGUUUAGGGGUCACUUACAAGAUAACUUUCACUGCAUCAGGGCUCAGAAUGAUCAACACAAUAAGAUGACCGUACUCCACGAUAAAGUCCAUUCAUCUUAUUAAAGCACUUCCUUAUACUAUGAACAAUUCAACUUUUUAAAGAUAGUAGCACAACAAGUAGAUUCAGGUAGAAAGGCCUUGUAUUAGCUAUAGGCUAACCUCUGUUUUUGUACUAUGCCGAUCAAAGGGAAAUAACUGUUUAUUGCAAGACACCUUGUACAUAACCCUUUGAUGAGUAUGAUAUUUCUACAAUCUGUAAAGAAUCAAAUGAAUCUUAUUUCUGGAGUUCUUUUCCCUGGGAUUUUUCUGCCCAGUAUUUGAACGAUGUAAAGCACAAUGGCACCGGGCAUUUUGUCUCACUUCAUAAUAAAGAAUUAAUAAAGAUCUAACACAAUGUGG